CUGCAAACCUGAAACCACAAGUCUCCAAACAAGAUGUUCCGAAAUAUCGUCCUUGUGACACUGCUGAUAUCCUCAGUUUGUGCUCUGCACUAUGAGAUGCACAAAGGCUUGACUGGAGAUGAACAUGAAGAAAGCUCUGGUGAGUUUAUGGAAGAAACUGAAGAGCUGCCUGGAGUUUGCUGGGCAUGUAAAUGGGCCAUGAGGAAGCUGAAAAAACGAAUCUCCACCGGUGCCACUGCGGACGACAUUAAAAAGCAGCUAUCAGAUGUCUGUGAUGAGAUUGGCUUCCUAAAAUCCCUGUGUAGGAAAUUUGUGAACAAGUACACCGAUAUGCUGGUUGAAGAACUUUCAACUUCUGAUGAUGCUUCGACCAUCUGUGUAAACAUUGGUGUUUGCAAGAAAAAGCCAUAGAGUUAAUUUUCUUUCCUAAACUGGAGAUUUUUUUUCCCCCUUUGUGAAUUGAAGUAAAAUACAAUGCUAAAUAAAAAUGUCAAGAAUUGCAUGUUUUGUUUGCUGAAAAUGUUCAUAUCAUUUUGCAACACUGAGUACAAAAGGGUCAGUGGUGUUGCAUAUUGUGCAUAUUAGUAAAUAUCACACUUACUUAUCUGUUGUAGAAGGAGGGUCAUAAAAUGAUCAUGGAAAUGAUAUGGAGUUUUUUUUGCUUGUUUGACACUCACACACUUGCCUUUACAGUACUAGAAUGUUUUCUGCAGUCAACUUAAAAAUUUAGUUUGAAACAAACUUGUGCUUUAGUGUCAUUGUAAUGCUACACUGCUGUUUCAGAUUUUUAAGAUCACUUUUAUUGGUCAGUUUCUUUCGUGGCAUCAAAUCAACUACUGUUGAAAAGCAUUAACACCUUGUACACUGGUAUCUCACACCUAUUUCAUAUAAAAAUGUAUUUAGUUAAAUAUGUAAUUAUUCCACAGCAAAUAGAAUUAGCAGAAGAAUUAUCAUGUGACACUGCAACUUCUUAUAAACAUACACACAUAUUUGUCUGUAUAAAUU